GAAGGGUUUCAGCGCCGCACGGGGCACGGAAGCGGCCGGCGGUGGCGGCAUGGCGGCGUGGGGGCUGCUGGCGCGGCUCGGGGCCCGCCUGCGGGCCGUGGCGGCGCUUCCUCCGCCCGGGAACAGGGAGAAGCUGAGCCUUGCAGCCAGGCACAUUAACAGUGCAACGUGGUGGCAUGAACAUCUCUCUGAAGAGAAUGUUGAGUUCCUCAAGAAGGUGACAGCAGAGGAGUACCAAGCUCAGACAGCCAGCAAGCUGUGCCCUCUAAAAGAUGAGCCAUGGCCACUACACGAGUGGAAGCCAGAUUCCAUCAGAGUUGGUGUUGUUGCUGUAAAACUGGGAAUGAUGCCAAUGUGGACCAAGUCAGGAAAGAGACAUGCUGUCACACUGCUUAAGGUGCAAGAUUGCCACGUGUUGAAAUACGUUUCCAAGGAAGAGUCGGGUGAAAAAAGACCUCUGCUGGUUGUUGGAGGCAAGAACGCAUCUCCGUUCUCUAAGUCAGAGUCUGCAAUGGAGAUUUUCAGAGCAGCUGGAGUGCCACGGAAACAGAAAGUGACAACCUUCAGCGUGACAGAGGAUGCCCUCAUUAAACCAGGUACUCCUCUGUACGCCGCUCACUUCCGCCCCGGGCAGUUUGUGGAUGUCACUGCUAAAACCAUUGGCAAAGGAUUUCAAGGUGUGAUGAAAAGGUGGGGGUUUAAAGGUCAGCCUGCAAGCCACGGACAGACCAAAACACACAGACGGCCUGGAGCUAUUUCAACCAAUAAAGCUGGCAAAGUCUACCGUGGGAAGAAGAUGCCUGGUAAAAUGGGUAACAUCUACAGGACUUCCUUUGGGCUAAAGGUGUGGAGGAUCAACACAAAACAUGACAUCAUUUAUGUCAACGGGACUGUUCCAGGUCACACCAACUGUUUGGUGAAGGUCAAAGACAGCAAAUUGCCCACUUACAAGGACUGCAAUAAGAACCCUCCCUUCCCUACCUUUUUUGCUGAUGGAGAUGAAAAGCUCCCAGAAGAUCUGUAUGAUGAGGAGGUGUUCCAGUUCACAGAGCCAUCUAUCACCUACGCUUAAUGUCCUUCACAGUUGUGUUACUGCCCUGAACUUGGUGAUGCUGUAUGAAAGUGAACCUGGGAGCUGCAGCCUGCCCAGCUGACCUGACUGCUUCAGACAGGGCCCUUUUGGCUGUCCCUUACUGCUGCCAUUUUCAAACCUGUUUUUAGAGCAGCAGCACAUCACUCUGCCUCCUCUUUCUGCUCUCUGCCCCAGGCUGUGAACACUUGGACAUUUCUGAAAAGCUGUUGUUUUGAAGAAGAUUCCCUGUACCAAAGUCUGGUUUGUGGAAAGCAUCACAGCAGUCUCUGAUCAAACUGCCAAAUCUGGGAAGAUCUGUGAGGAAUAAUCCACAAUAAACCAAUUCAAUGCAUUGCUCUGUA